AGAACAAUCAGUUUUUAUUAGAUGGAAAACCCUUUCGAUAUGUUUCCGGUAGUUUUCAUUAUUUUCGAGCGCCUAGACAAUAUUGGAGGGAUCGUUUAAGAAAAAUGCGAGCUGCGGGACUUAAUGCUGUCUCCACUUACGUUGAAUGGAGUUUUCACGAACCAGAACCAGGUCAAUUUAACUGGGCCGGCGAUGCAGAUCUAGUAAAUUUCUUAAAUAUUGCGCAAGAAGAAGACCUGCUCGUAUUGUUGCGACCAGGUCCCUAUAUUUGCGCGGAAAGAGAUUUGGGUGGUUUACCGUAUUGGUUGCUUCGCGAAGUACCGAAUAUAAAGUUACGUACAAAAGAUACAGGUAAGAUAUAA